UCAGCGAGCGACAGUCACGUGAAAACACGGCCAUUGCUGAGGACCGACUUGGCUCAACGACGAGUGUCACUUACUCUGUGCAGAGCCUGGUGGACGUCGCAGCGGUAGUGCAGCAAGGAGCAGAGGCAGUUUGAGUGCUACAUCUCUACAAGCCACCAUUUACAACACAACAGUGUUCUUCUGGUUCGUAUUGCCCAGCACGUUUGCUCAUCCGGCGAUUUUGAGCAUAUUAGUCGUUAACAUCCCUUCACUGCAGCGUAUUUGUAGCCGGUACAAAGGCUCCAACCAAACUUAAUCGUCAUGUCGGCAGAAAAUCUAAUCCCCGACUAUUCCCCAUUCUUUGGUGUGAUGGGGGCCACAGCCGCCAUGGUGUUCUCUUCGUUGGGCGCAGCGUACGGUACUGCCAAGUCAGGCACGGGUAUCGCCGCAAUGUCUGUCAUGCGACCAGAGUUGAUCAUGAAAUCGCUCAUUCCCGUUAUCAUGGCAGGUAUUAUCGCCAUCUACGGGCUCGUCGUGGCUGUACUCAUUUCGUCUGGCAUCAGCUCGCCUUACAAGUUGAUUAAGUCAUACCUGCACCUUGGCGCUGGCCUUUCUGUUGGCCUUUCAGGUCUGGCUGCCGGUUUCGCGAUUGGUAUUGUUGGUGAUGCUGGGGUGCGUGGCACAGCACAACAACCCCGCCUCUUCGUAGGAAUGAUCCUUAUUCUUAUAUUCGCUGAGGUACUAGGUCUUUACGGCCUGAUUGUAGCCCUGAUCAUGUUCUCGAAGGCAUCGGGUAUUGCUUAAACAACAACAGCCGAAAAUCAUCACCACCAAUAACGACUCGUAUCUCUACCAAAUAUCACCAUCGCCUCUAAACAUCGCAUCUAUAAUAUCAGCAAGCGUAGAGGGACAGAACGAGAAAUCAAGGAGAGUAGGUGUAGUUAAUGGCCUCCGAGUGUCAGCCAGCUCUCGCAGACACAAACGAACAAUUAUAGUAAUAGCCAUGAGCAGGCAGCGUGGUAGACAGGACAUUGAGUACACCGUGAUGGGUCGAAUUAGCAAAAAGGAAGCAAUAGAACAAAAGACUUAAGAAACAAGACCAAGCCAUAAGAUGAAAUAGCACCGAAACCAAUAUAAGGACGUCUCCCAACUCAACAGCAAAUGGGUGACCAGCGUGGCAGGUUACUCGGGAUGGAAGAAAGCACUAACCUUAUAGAAAGGAAGACGACGAAGACCUCGGAGGAGCUGCAACACACUGCAGCAGCAGGCGAGAUGACGAUGAUCGGCGAACUUCGGAGAAGUAUCCAAUAUAUCUGAGAUCGCACAUUUACAACUUAUUGACAAUAGAAAGAAAAAUCAUAAUGUGACGUAGAAGAACCUAAUAACCGUAUCCCUCCCCUAUUUCUGCCCGAGUUCAUUGGGCAGAGGCCUUGUUUUUGCUAAAUUAGUUUCUAUACAAGUGACAUAUAUGCAUAUAUACGAUGAAAAGUGAUGGAAAUACGGAUUAGUUUUACCAUAAAUUAUAGGACGUAAGAGAGGUGAGGUUGACUCUAUAUAUAUGCCACAUAUAGAAAAAUGCAAAAUAUACAAUUGACUCCCUGCUCGUUGAAUCAAUUCCAUAUUUCUCGUUGAAGCAUACAAAUUCUUCUGUAUAUUAUCAUAUCCAGCUUGGAGCUUUUUAUUAAAGAUCGAAUAAUUAACGCGACUGAACUAAACCGACUUUUGUGUACCCCCUGUACCUAGAGCAGGUGUCUCAAGCUAUAUGCCUAUAUCAAGCUCGCCACUGCACCAAACCACUAUCAGCAGUGUUAGGCUUAACGGGCCCAUUAGGGGUCUUCGGGGGAGCUCGGACCCCUGGAACACAUUAAGUGAGGGGCUUCGAACGUAUGGUGGCGUUUGGAACGCGUGCGUGUGAUGUAAAAUGACCGCGUAUAGUCAACGAACGAUUCGUUGGACUCGACUGGAUUGAUGGCAGACGGAAUGUUCCACUUACAUAAGUGUAAUAGUAAUAACAUAAUUAUGAUGACGAUAUAGAAACAGUUAAUUUCGAACUCAAUAGAAGUCAUCUGCGUAACACAUUGUGCGAUACGGCUUGUAUUUGAGCCGAUUAAAUUUUUCAGCUAAGAAAAUUUGCAACGGACAGUAUGUGAAUGUUGAUAUUAUUCCUAUAGGUAGAACAAUAGCACAUAUAUAUAGAAAAAGAUAAUAUGUCAUAUAAACAUACACAGCAAAAUUAGCAGCUAACUGACUAGCACGAAUCCAAUGUGAAGAAUUACAACAACAAAAAAUUUUUAAAAAAAAACAAAGUCCAUCACCUUGAAAGCAAAGAAAAUUUUUCUAGAUAAUAAUUACAACCGUGAUGUUGACAAUGAUAAUAUUGAUUGAAUAGGAAAUUGUUAAGGUGAUACAAUAUUGAGAAAAGAAAUGAUGGCGAUGCUGACGGUGGAGAUGACAAUGAUGAAGACCGCUAUUACUUGGGUUGAAAAACACGACAGCGCAAGCGGAAGAAAAAGUAAGAAAAAACAGGACAGGUUAGGGAUAGUAAUAAUAACAUUAUUACAAGAAUAUUUGCAAAGGUAAAGGAAGGAAAGGGGGCUUAAAUUUUUGGAACAGGCAGAGGCUGGUUUAGUGCAAACAAGUGGAUAGAGUAAAUAAUAUUGAUGAUGAGUUAGGUGGGACUAUGGGAAGUUAAAAGGAAAAAAUUUCGGAUAGUUAUUCUAUUUGGGCAGACCAGACGAAGUCGUCUCUUUGCAGUGCGCGGUCUAGCGACAACAGCAGUAGUUGGUACGGCAACAGUAAUAACAACACGAAUCGAAAGCGCGCUGCUGUAUUAUGAACCGCAGUUGGGUAAACGUGCAUAAGAACUAAAUGCGGUAUACUUAAGUGAAAAUGAUUUGAAAUGUUACUGUACAGUUUUACGUUUGUUGUAUUGUGAAUGCAUGAAUAAAACCAAUAUGAUUUUAAUCGAAAUGUUA